GACUGUGUGCGAGGAACGACYGCACCAUCACCACCACCACCUUCGGGAGAAACACAUCAAGAGCAAACGGAAGAUCUCUUGUUAUCGCACAAACGCGCACAGAACAAUGAACCUGAUCCUCUUUCGACGCAGCGAACUUUCCGCGGAUGAAACAACGAUAGUGUUGCGAGACAAAGACCCGAGAACGAAACACAUAUUUGGGCACCUGCGCAAAGCCGAUGGGGAUCCCGUAACGAUCGGGAUCGUUUCUGGAGAAAGAGGCAAAGCCAUCGUGAGGACAUCCGGAGCGAUCGGGAAUCGAUUGGAACUGGCCUUUGAAAUCAAUUCAUCCUCCCMCGACAGCGCCGGAAGUAGCAGCCACCGGCCCCACGACAUCGUUUUGUUGAUCUCCCUGCCCUUUCCGAAGCGCCUCAAGGCRCUKUGGGCGCAAAUCGCCUCGAUGGGUGUGACCAGAAUCUGUGUCGUCCGUGGAGCACUAUCGGAUCCGAACUAUUGCAGGUCGAGCGUCCUUACGCCCGAGGUGUACCGGCCGCUUCUGGAAGAGGGCAUGAGCCAGGGAUGCCACACUCGCGAAGUAACGGUCGAUGUUUCCGUCGAMGAGAUUGUCUCUCGGAAGAUUCUCGAUGYACUCGGGCUUGCAAAAGAGGCGUCGCUGGCGACGACCACACCAGCGGCGACAAAAAACUCUUYGGAUAGCAACCAAUGCUACGAYGACGACAUUCGAAUCUUCCUGGAUUGCGGCGACGAGACGACRGAGCCCCCACCAUGUCGAAAGGCCAUCGUGGAUAUCGACCAGAAGCGAGAAGGGAGCACUUCAUUGUCCGGGWGCAGGCGCGUGGUGGUUGCCAUCGGCAGCGAGCGGGGCUGGACGGACGACGAGGCAGAGCUCUUUCACGACGCGGGGUACCAAUCCGCGUCCCUGGGACGCUCCAUUCUGAGGGUGGACACGGCUAUAAUAGCGGGGCUUGGAAUCGUGUCGGCAGCACUCGACGARCUCCAGGAACAGCGGGAGGRUUYCCGGAAACGMAAGCAUGAURCCAUGCGAUAAUAGUGUUGUGGUAGCAGUCGUUCGAGGAYGGGRAUUACGGUUUGUUGUGGGCCGGAGAUCAAUUGAUUAUUUCCAACCAACCACACGCGGUCAGAUUUGCGAUUACCUAAAGAACCAUACACAGUUGCCAUCAAUCCGAUGCAUCAGUAUAUCUAGACCAGUAGAAGCUUCUCCCGAUAAAAGUCCGAUGGAUUCAUUCGCAUAUCACGGCUUCGUGAAAGGAAUCGAUGCAGGUCAGAACACCRCGGUUGAUCCAUUUUUUGGCAUCCACCCUGUACGACGACUUUUCUGCGACUUUUCUGUGACUGACCUUAUUAGCUUGCAUCACUCCGAUGCACUGGAUGGGCACUCUUUCGCGCCAGUAAUUCAUUGAAGGGAGCAAAUAUGUUCAGCGAAUAGCAGAAAAAUAAAACGGAUUUGCCUCG